CGAUUCCAACGGCCCUGCUAUUGCGUUAAUUCUGAGAUCCAUUGAUGUACUCGGGCGUCGGAGCAUCAGACUAGGAGAUCCGGCAACUCAUGGCGGACCUCGCCAUCAGGGAGAGGGCGGUGCGAAGUGCAGAGAGAGCGAAUCGAGAAGUGGCGAUUGCGCGGAUGAAUAUGGCAUUACGAGCAAUGUCCAGGACCACGGAGUUGGAGAGAGCAAGGAUCUUCGCACCUGGGCAGCCAAUCUCCCCUGCAUUGAUCCUAGAUUGGGCAGCAGAGGAGGCGGUGUCCACAUCCAGGAUUUAGAGAAGGAGAUGGAGGUUGUUCAGGGUCGAGUUUUGACCAGCACCAGGCCGACGAGCUCUACGGGCACUGGGUGAGCAGAGGAGGAGGAUGAGCGAGCGGGCCCCUGGCGUUAGUCUCUGUAGUCGAGCUAGCCGUCCGAUGCACCCUCAAUCGAUCCUCGCCAUUGCUGCUGGCGAGAUUCGGGCUUCCUUCAGCCAGGAGGCAUAUAUUCCCCUCCCCGAUAGCAAUCCCGAGCCCCAUCCAGCUAGGGUUCGUCGGCGCCAAAACUUAGUUUGGGUCCGGCGUGAUCUUUUCAUAUCUGGAGAAUUCUCUGUUGCUGACUGUUUUCCUGCUGGUCCGUCUGAUCAUCUGUUCGAGCCCAAGCAGUUCAGUUUCUCUCGUGAUUUUUGGUUGAAGAAAACUGGAAAAAUUUAUUUUGCUGCGGCAGUCAAGAAGAUGGCUGGUGUUGGGCAUAAUCAAAGGCCUAGGGGAGGUAGAGUUGGAGGUGGUUGUGGCCGCAAUGAUGUUGUGCGACCGCCUAUCCUUCAGACAGUGGCUGCUCCACCAGUUCGAGCUCCUAUCCCUGCCCCCCUACUCAGCAUGGCCCCCUAUGUUGAUCUUUUCCAAACCUCUCAUAGUUCCAAUUGGAGCCAGCACCUCUAGCAUGGUUCACCCAGUGUUGAACCAAAUGUACCCUGGCUUUCCAGCUACCAACUAUCAAUACCCACAAAUGGCUCCCUGGAUGCAACAGCCGCAAUUCCACUUCCCCUAUAUGCCUCAACAAAACCUUCCAGCGCAGUUCCAACAGCCUCAGCAACCUGUUAGUACUGGGAGUGCUUCUGGUGGGAGUAGUUAGGUUGGAUCUGGGAAAAACAAGAAGAAAAACAGAGCUGGUGCUAAAAAGCAACAUGUUGCUACUGCUGGGUCUAAUGAGAGUGUUGUUGUUCAAGUUUCUACAGACUUUGAGGGGUAUAUGGUAGAUCCUAAAUACAUGGCACUAUAUGCUACAAUUGUGGCCUCCCUGGAGACUUUGUGGGCAUGUGCUCCAUCCCAAAAGUCCGUUUCAUCUGCAAAACUCCAGGCCACCAUAUGGAUGUUUGCCCCAAAUGACAUGAACCCUACCCUGCUGCUCAAUUUUGGGGGAGUGCAAACAAUGGCAUUGGCUUCUUUCAUAUUGAAGUUGGAAACAAUAGUGAUGGUGAUUGGCUCAAUUUUGGCAAUGUUGGGCUAGUUGUCAUUGAAGAAGGUGAAAUUAGUGCUGAUGAGUUAGAAAGCUGCUUUGCAGGAAUGUAGAAAACCAACUGGCCAUGGCAGAUUAGAACCUAUGAUGAAACUCAGUACCUGGUUAGGUUCCCCCCAAACAAAAAGAUUUCUGAUCUAGCAACUUUCAAAUCCAUCAACCUGAAGAAGAAAGGAGUCACUAUCUCUUUUAAAGACUGGCAUGGUGACCUGCCUGCUUUUGACUCUCUUAAAGAAAUUUGGAUCAUAUCAUUGGCAUCCCACCUGUGUGGUGCACAUGGCCAGUUAUUGCUCAAAUUGCUUCUUCUUUAGGUAUCAUAGUUAAUGUUUACUGGCAUGAGGUCUUCAGGAGCUUCUAUGAAGUGGUCAAAAUUCAGGUUGCUGUUAGAGAUCCUCAGCUGAUUCCUAAUGACAGAUUGAUUGAAAUCCACCAGGAGUUGUAUUUACUCACCUUUGAGGUUGAUGAUGAUGCAGCUGCUGAGUCACCCUCUCACAGACCUUCUGAUGGGCCCUCUGGUCCUGCUGAUGGUAUUGAGGAGAAAGGGAGUGCUGAUAGGAAUGGUAAUGUUGAUAAUGAUAGUGAUGAUGACCUACUUGGGGAGGAGAUGGAUCAAGAUGCUAGUAAUCUGCUUACUAAAAAGACCACUCCUGCCCCAAGUGGAUCCAGAGCUAGAACUAGCUAUCUGCAACCUCAUACCCCUAUUUAGCAGUCCCACUUUGAUACUUAUUUACUUUCUAACUGCCAAGGUGCUCCUCUGACCAAAAGCUAUCUAGAGGCUGCAAAAAAAAUCUAACUAUGAAGGUUGUGGUAGCAGACUUCUGGUUCAGUUUGAAGCUGAGGUGAAUGGCACUAGUGGCAUUGGUCCCAAUCUCCUGGCUCCCGCUUCUACCACCCUCUCUUGCCCAGUUCCCAGACCUCAGGCCCAUAGGCCUGACAAAAGGAAGUGGGGCCAUGUUGUUGCCACUAGGAUGAGCAAUAGGAUCAAAAGAGAUGGUAAGAAUACUAUAGGUAAAGCUCAAGAGAUCAAAAAAGUGCAGAAUCUGGAAAUUGCUAGAGGUGAUUUAAAUGAGAUUUGGAGGAGGGAGGAGAUCAAGGCAAGGCAAAGUUCCAGGGAGAAAGAGAUCCUGGAGGGUGAGCACAAUACCGGAUACUUCAAAGUUGUGGCUAACCAGAAGAGGAGGAAGAAGCAGAUUGCUAUGCUGGAAAGCCCUUCAGGACCUGUGGAGGACACCAAAGGCUAUUUGGCGGAAAACUGCGCUGAAUCUAUCUACUUGGGAAUGCCUUUCCUCAUGGUGUGCCAAGGACAAACUGGCGUAGGCUGCGAAAGAGCUGGAGAUGAAGGCGAGAAGCCCACCUCUGCUGUUGUGGCCAGAUCCUGGCUGAGGCGUGGAGACACCUUCUGAAAUCUACUCCAACAGAAUGUAAUGCAAAAAUCUGUUGGUAGUUCGUUCCCGUAGCUAUGUGGAGUUGUGUUUUUCUGUUUUAGAACUUAGUUGUGCGUCGCCGUAGCUCUUGCGACGUAGCUGGUCUACUGUGGCAGCAUGUCUGCUGGCCGCCGUGUGCUCUUUCAUCUGUAAUGACUGGCACUGGUUCCUGGACAUCUUGAUUUCGUUUCUGAAUGAAAUGGAACAGGGACGUUUUGCCCUCUUCCUCUAAAAAUAUUGGAUCAGAUGAGAGAAGGCACGAGGAGGAGGAAGAAUUGGUAAACCUACAAAACAGGCAGUUGAAGAUUAACACGCCAAAAAUUAGGUAGUGAUCGGAUCUCAAAAAUCCGUG